GUAGUGUUUCUCAUUCUAAUGUGGUAGAAGACCUAGUUCUUUGGGAGUUCAUCGUCAAGCUGAUUUCCGACACGCACUGAGACUCGCUUUCAUCAAAGGAAAUUUCCAUAAAGAAACGAAAGCAUUUUAGAGUUCAAAAUUCAUCUGAAAUUUCUCCUCCAUUCUAGGUAUUUUUCAGCCUCAACAACUUCUUGUAGGUCUAAAAGAACUGAAACGAAUCAUAGACAGAGCAAAACGAAUAAUAGACAGAGGAUUUUUUACUUUUACUCGUAGAAAAACGUUAAUUAUGUCAUCGGAUAUGAUCACAGAGGUUGAGGAGGUCGCUGAGCAGAUUGAUGUAGAUUUUAACGAAGAUGAAGGUGCUGCUGUUCUUGCUGACGAAAACAGUGUCGAACAGCAACAAGUGUUAAAGUCCUCUUCUCGUUCAGACGACGCCCCUCCUACAACUACUUCUAUGCGUCAUCACGUUGAGGACAUCAACAGUACCACGACUACAACAGUUGUUGCAGCUUCUGAGAAAGAACCCGUGAUAGUGCGUAAAAACGGCGUUGUCCACCCGGCGCACGGACUGAAUAACCCCUUUGGAUCUAAAAUUCUAGUGGAUUCGCCGAAUACUUCACCGGCUCGCGGAGCAGAGGUGGUGGAAGACGAGCCCCGACCGACCAGUAGAUUCAGCACGAAGGAGACCUGCGACUCCCCAACAGGAGUUUCCGCCUUGGACAGCGCUGCGAAAGGAGGUAGUGGCACUGGCCGUGGGGAGAGUAGUCCAAAUACAAAGCCGAUUACAGAAGUUGCUGUGAGUAAGUGCCGAUCGAUCACAUCUUCCGCUUGUAGUAGAUCUACUGGUAAUAAUCCUCUAGCUGGAGAAGUAGACGAAGACCAAAAUAUGUUAUGGUCAACAUUUCGUGUCCAUCUCGUCUCUCGGCAUCUUGGUUUCCUUUUGCCCUGUAUUAUUCCUAUGAAAUGAUACAAGGGUAGUAAAGGGGGCAAGAUGAGGGGGCCGAGAUGCAUUGUAGCACACGCUAAGUAUGGAGGAAGACUUUUUAUCCUCGGCUGUUGUGGAGGACGAGGCGUUGCGAGAGGACCCCAACAUGCCCUCGUCUCCUAAUGAAGGCAAUGAAGGUGCUGAUGGCGCUGAUGGAAAUAUGAAUUGUGGAGUUCGUGAUGGAAAUAUGAAUUCUGGCUCUUUCGAUCAGCAAGGUGGUGAACAAGAUCAAGAUCAAGAUGCCCAAAUGGCCGACGGAGAAGAUCAAGAUGCUGCUGGUGAUAAUCUUAGCAAGGAGGGAAUUUCGCAUAACGAUUUGAGUGCUAGUGGCAAUGAAAACGAGGGUGAACAAAAGGCUGACAGCGACAAGGAUUCUGAUAGUGGCAGUGCAGUCCAGUUACCGCGAACCACGGCGCGACCGCAUCCUACUUAUCGAGGAAACAAAAGCGGGAUGAACAACAACAAUAAUGCUAGUUCCACUUCCACUUCUGCUGGUGGCAAUAACAAUGCUAGUUCUACUGCUGGUGAUAACAAUGCUGCAACUACGGGUAAUGCAGAUGCUGGAAACAACAAUGGUGCAACUGCUACCACUGGAGAAGGCACCAACGACGGAACCAGUACCACUGAUAACAAGAGACGAGAGGGACGAGAUGGAAAAUGCACGCUUUUUGUCGGUGGAUUAGCUCCAUACACGACCACCGAGAAAUGUGAGGAGAUGUUCAGACGCUAUGGUUUCCCCUGCGCCCACGUUCAUAUUCCAUGGAACUUCGCGAAGCAAGCGCCUUUCCAAUACGCUUUCGUACUUCUUCUACUUCAUACUUACUCCGAUCAUUACCCUCCCUCUUCCCCUCCGUCCUCCUUUUCAUUUCUCCCUUUCUCCGAAAAUUAGGAAAUGUUCGGGUGUAUUAGAUUAGUGUUAGUUAUGGACCUAAUAAAGAUUAACUAUUCCACUAUCGUCUAGAACAACUGCAUUACUGUUACUGUUACCUUUUCAUACUCCUAGCUACUUUCUUCUUCUUUUUCGCAAUGAUAAUGUUGAAUUUUCGAAUGUUGUUGUGUUACUAUUUCUCCAAAGUGAUCCAUCUUGAGAAAUAGUCUAACUCUUCUCCUUAAAUUCAGGUUGACUUGGCCAAUCCGGCAGACGUGGACCGGGCAAUCGCACGUUUUCAUAAUCAGGACGUUGAUGGACGUGAGGUACAACUCGGUGUUGUUACAACUUCGUACUUUUUUAUUUGAGUAGAUGGUAAGUAGACGUACAAUAAGUUAGCGUAAAAAUCAAAACAAAAUUGUACGCCGAAAAAAGAGUUCUGCAUCAAUAAAUAUGUAUCGAAUUUAAGAAAAACACAGCACCCCUGAAUCCAACCAACCAUCGUGAACGAAUCAACCUGUUCAGUUGCGUUGCGAGAUCCGUUCCCAGGGAUCCGCCAAGGAUGCGACUGAGAUGGUAAAUCAGCACCGAGCGAAGGGUGCCGGCAGCUACAGCACUGUCUGGGACGCCAGACGUGGCCCUACCAACUACGUUCCGAGCUAUGCCGGAAAGGGCAGCUCUCGCGAUUGUCGGCCUCCACCUCGUAGUUCUUCGAAUUAUGGUGGUGGUUCUUCGCGUGGCAAUUAUGGAUCGUCCACCGCUGCUCCUGCUGCUGGUGGAGGUAGUGGCAGAUCGAGAUUCGACACCGAUGCACCGACUGCGCCAGCACGACAGGUCCGUGGCUACGGCGAUGAUCGUUACCACACAGGUGGCAACAACUAUGGUGCCAGUAAUAAGGGACGCGGAAAAGAUUCCUAUGGUGGCGAUCGUGGUGGUUACGGUAACAACAGCUACAACAACUACAAUUUUUCUCGAGGUGGUGGCAAAGACCAUAGUACUCGAGAUCGCGACAACCGGGACAACAAUCGAGACAAUGACCGUUUUAGUAGUUUCGCUAGAUUUUCUAGCCGUCCGGAACCGGAAAGUACCGCACCACGCGGACCAGCACCUUUGCCAGGUGGCCGCGCUCCAUUGCCAACACCUAUUGGAGGAGGUGCGCAACGACAAGCGGCCCGAUCCAGUCGCAGUCGCGGUCGACGUGCAGCUGAGAAUACACCAAGAGGUGGAGCCUCGACUACCAACAACAACAACAAUAAGGGACGCGAAAACAGUCGUAGCAGACGACGUGAUUCUCGCCGCCCAAAUCGUGCCCCGGCACCCCGACCAGCAGGAGGAAAAGGACGAUUUUGAACUUGGUAGAGUACAAUGUUGAGAAGGUCGGAGCAAAAAUGGUAUGGGGAAUUAUGGUUGACGAAAAGAUAAAAAUGAUUUGUUCACGAGGAGAUCAGGUCUUGUCGUAUAGAGGAUGGUUUCUGGUCUGAGCAUAGAGCGUAAUUCGAUUUCCGUGUCCCAGGAGGUUGCUGAUGUUGUUCCUGAGAAGCACCACCCGAACUUAUGAGAUACAUAACUGCUGGACCUUCAUGUUACGGCGCGUUUGAAGCACUAUCCAGAAGAUAGGAUUUUAUGACGGAUGAACCACACGCUUUUCUCAGGACAGGAUAUCUGUCUUCACGUUUCUCCCUUCGCAGGGUUCCUCGCCCCUGCUACAUUUAAGCAGCCUAAAGGGCGAUUAUGAUAGUGUUCACUCUCAACUGCAUUACAUACACCCUUUGUAGAAUGAUGUGGUGAGCAAAAUAGAGUUGGUGAUAACAACACUCAACAAUUAAGAAUAUUUUGAAUUUCCAUUCCUGGUCGUUCAGGAUGCUACUUCUAAUACUGUGUACAACAAUAACAAAAAGGAUUGCUUUUACUUCUUCAUGACGAGGAGAGAAGAACAGAUCGAUAAUGUCUCGUUUUUAUAGUACCCUUACUCUUCGUCUCCAAAUGAUUCAUUUGCAUUCUUUUCGCAUCAUGAUAAUUCUUGUCUUAUACUCUUCUUCGCUCAUACAAUAUCUAGUUUGUCUACCCCAGAUGAAGAUCGUUGCGUAUUUAGCUAGAGGUACUCGCGAAGAAUAUUCUUGUCCUAGGCCUAUCAAAGAAGUGCCUCCAGAUGACUGACAGCACUAUUAUCUUCAACCAAGAACAAGAGUCAAAGUUGUACCUAUGGAUCUGAGAAAGACCUCGCCUUCAUGCGGGUAUGUGAAGACAACAGUAAAGUGUACCCCACUCACAUUGAUACUCAAGCAUCGAUACUGGAAGUUGUCAUUCAGCGAGUACCCGUUCUCGUGAUAUGAAAAGCACUCCGUUUUGAUGGAA